UGGCUCCAGGGUGGUUCAGCUGGUCAAGAGCUGCCCAGCUGAACCAAGGAGAUCUGGGGAAUGUUUAUCUGCGUUAAAUAUGGAGACCAACGACAACUCCUGGCGAACAUUAACUGCUCAGUCUUACUCCUAAUGCAUUACCUGCGCGACAAGGUGGGACUGCACAGGACAGACCCCAUUGACUUGUGUGAAGAGAAUGGGACCCUGAAGCUGCUAUUCCUAGUCAAGUUUCCGGAAGACAAUGCCAGCAAGUUCCUCACUCCCCGUAUGACCUACUACAUAUGUAAGGUGGAGCGGGGCAGCCCAGGGUCGAAACAAGAAAACAGCUACCGGGCCUUUCACCCUAUGUUCAAGCACCCUCCAGCAGAAUUAUUGGACUCGUUGCGCAACCAGUGUGACAUCCUUGAGAAAAACCGCCUCAAGAUUCUCAAGAGUGCAGAUGGCAAGAAGACGCUAACCAUGGAAUCACUCCUGACGUGCAUGGCAAUGGCAAAUCAGUUGGCGGGGAAAGUCACUGGGAAGUCUGGGGCCAGUUCGUCUGCCGGCCAAGAUGAUGAGGGCCAGCCUCGUAAGACAGUCACAGCAGCCAAAGCCAGAUGGGAGACAAGCAGGAAGGAUAAGCAUCGCUGAGUACCGAAGGUGAUGCCCAGAGGGAGCUGCAGCUCACUAUCACUGUGAAUAAAGGCACCUUUGGACCUGA